AGUUGUAGGUUGGUCUGUCUUGGUUCCAUCCUUUGGAUUGGCUGAAGCAUUGUAUAUAGCUGCAGUGCCCAGAGGAGGAGUCAGCCCAGUAGCAGACAUGCAGCAGAGGAGUGGGCAGCUCUGAAACCUCAGAAGGAAGGCUUGCGCCUGUACCGGACACAGAAAGGACUGAAAGCUCUCACAAGACUGGAGAUAGCGGACAAGACAGGAUCUUCUGGGGGUCAACCUUUCUACACAAGAAACUUCCAUUCAAUCCCACCUGCUUGUCUUCCUGCCUCCAUGGAUUACACGCUGGAGCCCAAUGUCACGAUGACAGACUACUACCCUGAUUUCUUCACCGCUCCCUGUGACACAGACCUCCUCCUCAGAGGCAGCACGUCGUAUCUGGCCAUCUUGUACUGCGUCUUGUUUGUGUUGGGCCUUCUAGGAAACAGCCUGGUCAUCUUAGUCCUGGUGGGCUGCAAGAAACUGAGGAGCAUCACAGACAUCUACCUCCUGAACCUGGCCGUGUCUGACCUGCUCUUUGUCCUUUCCAUUCCCUUUCAGACCCACAACCUGCUGGACCAGUGGGUGUUUGGGGCUGCGAUGUGUAAGGUGGUCUCUGGCCUUUAUUACAUUGGUUUUUUCAGCAGCAUGUUCUUCAUCACCCUCAUGAGCGCGGACAGGUACCUGGCUAUUGUCCAUGCUGUCUACGCCAUCAAGGUGAGGACAGCCAGCGUGGGCACAGCCCUGAGCCUGGCAGUGUGGCUGGUUGCCAUCGCAGCCACCAUCCCAUUGAUGGUUUUUUACCAAGUAGCCUUUGAAGGCGGCAUGCUACAAUGUUUCCAGUUUUAUGACCAGCAGUCUUUGAGGUGGAAGCUCUUCACACACUUUGAAAUAAACGCCCUGGGCCUGCUGCUCCCCUUUGCAAUCCUCCUGUUCUGCUACAUCAGGAUCCUGCAGCAGCUGCGGGGCUGCCUGAACCAUAACCGGACCAGAGCCAUCAAGCUGGUGCUCACCGUCGUCAUUGUGUCUUUACUCUUCUGGGUCCCCUUCAACGUGGUCCUCUUCCUCACGUCCCUGUGGGACCUGCACAUCUUGGAUGGAUGUGCCACAAGGCAGAGGCUGGCUCUGGCCACCCAUGUCACAGAGGUCAUCUCUUUUACCCACUGCUGCAUGAACCCUGUCAUCUAUGCUUUCAUAGGAGAGAAGUUCAAGAAACACCUCAUGGAUGUGUUUCAAAAGAGCUGCAGCCACAUCUUCCUCUACAUAGGGAAACAGAUGCAGGCGGGGGAGUUGGAAAGGCAGCUGUCCUCGAACCAGCGAUCUUCCCACUCUUCCACCCUGGACUACAUCCUGUAAGGGGGGUGUGCACAGCAGGCAGCCCCUACCUGCAUUGCCCUUCCUGGCCCCAAUCUUCUCCCCUCCUCUUCCCACUUCUGGCUUACCGAGACAGUCUCACCUCGUAGCCCAGUCUGUCUUUGACCUCUCAACCCUUCUGCCCCAGCCUCCUGAGUGCUGGACCGGCACCACCCUACUUUAAAAGAGAUAGAAUACAUGGUUUUCUGUCUUAAAAAAUGUGACCUCUUAGUUUUGGGAUUUUUGUGCCUGUUUCUAUGACAGAUAAUGUCUUGUAGUUUUUCUCACUUAUAAUGACUCGGCCAGGUUUGGUUUUCUAAAAUGUAUUGACAAAUACUCCUAUUCUCAGGAGCUGAAGAGAUGGCUCUGCAGCUGGGAGCCCUUGUUCUUACUCUGAGAACUGGGCCCAGUUCUUAGCACCCACCUGGCAGUUCAAACCAUCUGUGACUCCAGUUUUAGGGGUCCUGGUAUCCCCGUUUGGUUCUGUGGACAUUAGGGACACAUAUAUUGAGCGUACACAACUGCAGGCAAAACACUUAUACACAUAGAACAGAAAAAAUUAAAUCUAUUCUCUGAAAUGGUUUGUGUAAAAAAAUGGCAUUACUUUCUCUUUGAAGGUUUGAUAUGAGUUAUUAAUGAAGCAACCCAGGGUAACUUUUCUAUGAACAUAUGCAUUUAAUUUACCAGACAGAAAUGUUCAGCCUUUUUAUCUGCUUGUGGUUUGUAAGAAAUUCUGAUAUGUAAGUUCACAAUGACAUGAGUAUGAAAUCUUGACAAUUAAUUUUGUUGAACAAUCUUUUGUUAGUCCGGAGAUGGCCCUUUCUGGUCUUGAUACUGAUCAUUUGUGGCUCUCUCUGUUGCUCUCUCUCUCUCUCUCUCUGUGUGUGUGUGUGUGUGUGUCUUUGCCUCUCCCUCUUCCCCUUCCCUUCCCCUCCCCCCCUCUCCUAGAUCGGUUUUGUGGGACUUAUCUGUUGCUUACAUCUUCGCAGUGAGCCAGCCUUUGGCCUUGCUAACUUCCUGCUUCUUCUGCUCUUUGAUUUCUGUUUUCAUUUGCAUCUCACCUGUUUGCUUUGGGCCUCGUUUUCUAUGGGCUCCUGGAAUCUUCUGUUAUCUAAGUAUUCACCCAGUGUUACAUAAUUCUGUCUGAGCACUUUGGUUUUGGGGUGUGUUUUACACAUUUUCAGUUUGGUCUUAGCCAGAAGUCUGACAAGUGGUGGUCUUCUACCCCUGUCUUAGCCACUGUUCUAUUGCUGUGAAGACACCAUGGCCAAAGCAACUUGUAAAAGAAAGAAUUUAGCCUGGAGCGAUGGCUCAGUGGUUAAGAGCACCGACUGUUCUUCCAGAGGUCCUGAGUUCAAUUCCCAGCUACCACAUGGUGGCUCACAACCAUCUGUAAUGGAUAUCUGUACUGGCUGGUUUUGUGUGUCAACUUGACACAGGCUGGAGUUGUCACCUCAGAGAAAGGAGCUUCAGUUGGGGAAGUGCCUCCAUGAGAUCCAGCUGGGGGGCAUUUUCGCAAUUAGUGAUCAAGGGGGGAGGGCCCCUUGUGGGUGGUGCCAUCUCUGAGCUGGUGCUCUUGGGUUCUAUAAGAGAGCAGGCUGAGCAAGCCAGGGGAAGCAAGCCAGUAAGUAACAUCCCUCCAUGGCCUCUGCAUCAGUUCCUGCUUCCUGACCUGCUUGAGUUCCAGUCCUGACUUCUUUUAGUGAUGAACACCAGUGUGGAAAUGUAAGCUGAAUAAACCCUUUCCUCUCCCACUUGCAUCUUGGUCUUGAUGUUUGUGCAGGAAUAAAAACCCUGACUAAGACAGCAUCCUAUACAGAGCUAUAAUGGGGUGUCAUGCCACAUGGUAGGAACUUGACCUUGGCCAAGGACAAGGGCUUCGGGCAGGUAUCUGAAGUUAGGACAUAAUAGGGGAGUAGGUUACAGCAGGAAUUUUUAUCCUUGGGUGUAGUGCUCAGAGUGAACUUGACAUUGGUCAAGGUGAACUUCUCCUAGCCUUGGUUGAGCAGGGAAUCCUAUGCUAGUCCGGAUCCUGCUCCACUGGAGUGCUCAGAGUGAAGAUGAAGUUCAUUAUUCCUCCAGAUCUACAAAUUCCUGAAUUAAGCAGGUGAUCCGCCCAGACGCCAGAGCAGUGGAGCCAACGCCCAGCGAACAGCCUGACCACUUCCCUGUAAACUCACCCCCGGAGGCUGGGGAGGGGGGGGUUUGCCCAAACUGUUAAAU